UAUUGAAAAAUCCGAGCGUUUCACAAAGCAAAUUUCCGUUAUCUUCUCUCUUUAAACCUAUCCACCUAAAUUCUUUGAGAUAUAUUUCUCUGAUCAAUUUUAGGGUUUUUCCCAAAAAAAUUGAUUUACCGAUUCGACUCAGCCAACAAUAAUGGUUUCCGAUUCAAUUGUCAAUGUUUCAAUCCCUGUAGCUUCCUCUAACCCCAAAGAUUUUGCCAAGAAGAAAAGGACUAAUCGGUCGGCUAAGUUGAAGCAGUGCAAGCUUGAUGCUCGACGUGAACAGUGGCUAUCACAAGUGAAGAAUAAAGGCUCCAAGCAGGAACUUAAUGGUGGUGGAGGAGCUUGUGGGCAGGGGAUGCAGGUUACUAAUGAAAGGGACCAAUUGAUGGAGAAGUUAGCUAUAAAGCCGAGAGGAGAAGCAGAGGAAAAUGGGGGUGACACGAACACCUAUAGUGAUUUUGAUUCACCAUCUAAUAGCCCCACCAGCCACACUAGUAGUGUGUUGGAAGGAAAUUAUUCUGGUACCAAUUUCGCAGGUGGCAGCAGCAGUAGAAGCAGUAGCAGCAGUAGUAGCAGUGGUGGAUUUAGUAGCAGUGGUGGGUGUUGCUCAGUAAGUAUGAGUGAGGAAGAUAACGAAGGGGAAGAUGACUGCCUGGAUGAUUGGGAAGCUGUUGCUGAUGCCUUAGCUGCCACUGAUAAGAAGCAGGAGCAGCUUAACUCUAGCUUGGAUUCAGCUCCAGAGAUGGAUGACAAUGUGGUGCAUAUGAGUUGUCAGCAAGAAGUUUCUGACCGGAAGGUACCAGCGAUGGAUACAUCACAGCAGAAUCCCAAGGGAAGAGGAACUGUACCUGGAUCUCCUGUCAGCUUUCAGGCGUGGAGGCCCGAUGAUGAAUUCCGUCCCCAAAGUCUUCCAAAUUUGUCGAAACAGUAUACUUUCCCUAUGAAUUCGGGGCGGCAUUACCGCGGAGGCUCUGUAUGGGGAUGUAAAAGUGUAUCAAUACCCACCUCAUGUCCUAUAUGCUGUGAGGAUUUGGAUUUUACAGAUACAAGUUUUCUCCCUUGUCCUUGCGGGUUUAGGCUUUGUCUCUUUUGUCACAAGAAGAUUCUUGAGGAGGAUGGGCGUUGUCCAGCUUGCAGGAAGCAGUAUAAACAUGACCCAGUUGAGGGAGAGACAACCAAAGAUGCAGGCUGCCUGAUGUUUCGAGCAGCUCGUUCUUGUAGCAUGAUCUCAAGGUCGUAGGAAGAUUCUGUUUUUUGUGAAUGUGUAUGUUGUGUCCUCUUUCUCUGUGUGGCUUGACUUUGUUAGACUCCAAUUUUUCUUAGCAUUAGAUGUUGGUAUAGGAUCGAGAUUCUGAAAGCACAGGGGAACUGUUAUUGUUCUCUUAUAAUUUUUCUCAUUAUAGAUAUGAUGCUUGUGCUGAUGUAGAAAACUCCUUAUGUGAAUAGAUAAGGUGGAUAAAGGUUAGAUAGAUUGAAUUUGAUGGUACAAAUGUCCUCGUCUCUUUGAACACUUUGUCACCUUCUAUCAGAGAUUACCAUGAAUAAUAAUGAGAGAACAAUGGGGCAUCAAUCUUUGCAUGAA